CAUUACGGUGAGUGAAAGGAGAUUAUAGAAAAGCUUGUUGAUUGUCUCGAUUUUUGUACCAUCUGUUAAGGUUAUGUGCUCGAUGUGUAUAUGCAAGUUUAUCUAGUGUCAUCUUGCCUUCUAUGGUUACUGGGCUUCGUUUAAAAAUCAGUGAAAAGGCUUGGAGAUUAAGGAUAGACUGAGAUUUACCUUUGUAUGGGAAAAGAAUGCCAGAUUUGCAAGAUGGAAUUCGUCGAUCAAAGAGGAUUAACAAAAUCCAGGGGAACAAUGUAUGUUUAGCUCAAACUCCACAGCUUGGUGCUGGUAGAGCCUCAGCUGGUAGAGGUAGAGGUUCUAGAGCAAUGAAUCAAGAGAAUACCAAGCGUUUUGCUGCUGGGAUUCAUGGUAGGGGUGGCAGAGGUUUGGAUUUGCCAGCAAAACAGAUUGUUGAGAAAAAGGCUGAAAAGUUGUUGGCCGCUGAGGAAGAAGGAAGCAUGAGUCCACUUCCUGAAAAGAUACAGUUUGGCAACUCCCCUGUGUACAGGGUAGAGAAAAAGCUGGGAAAAGGGGGAUUUGGACAAGUUUAUGUUGGAAAGAGGGUGACCGGUGGUGCAGAGGGAACUGGGCGUGAUGCCUUUGAGGUUGCUAUGAAGUUUGAGCAUCGAAAUAAUAAAGGGUGCAGUUCUAGCCCUCCUUAUGAGUGGCAAGUAUACAGCACCCUUAAUGGUUGCUAUGGAAUUCCUUUGGUCCAUUACAAAGGUCAGCAAGGAGACUACUAUAUCCUUGUCAUGGAUAUGCUAGGCCCAAGUCUGUGGGAUGUCUGGAACACUAACAACCAGAUGCUGUCUGAAGAGAUGGUGGCUUGUAUAGCAGUGGAGGCAAUAUCAAUUCUGGAGCAACUUCACCUCAGAGGUUUUGUACAUGGAGAUGUUAAGCCGGAGAACUUUUUGCUUGGCAAGCCUGGAACAGCUGAAGAGAAGAAGUUGUAUCUGGUUGAUCUUGGUUUGGCUUCGAGAUGGAAAGAGGCAGCUUCUGGACGUCAUGUAGAUUAUGAUCAAAAGCCUGAUGUUUUCAGGGGAACUGUGCGAUAUGCUAGUGUGCAUGCUCAUCUUGGUAGGGUAGGAAGUCGAAGGGAUGACCUUGAGUCAUUGGCUUAUACCCUUAUAUUCCUUCUCAGAGGAAAACUUCCUUGGCAAGGAUUCACUGGAGAGAAUAGGGGAUUCCUUAUUUGUAAGAAGAAGAUGGGAACUUCCCCAGAGAUGCUCUGCUGCUUGUGUCCUCCUCCUUUCCAACAAUUUCUGGAAAUGGUGACCAACAUGAAAUUUGAUGAAGAACCCAAUUAUGCAAAGCUUAUUUCCCUUUUUGACAAUAGCUUAGGCUCCAAUGUGUUGUUGCGACCUAUCAAAACUGAAGGAGCUUUUAAGGUGGGUGAAAAAAGGGGAAGAUUGCCUGCUGGGUUAGAAGAUGGUGAACAGCUUAAGAAGAAAGUUCGCCUGGGUUUUCCAGCUUCUCAGUGGAUCUCUGUCUACAAUUCAAGAACACCAAUGAAGCAAAGGUAUCACUAUAAUGUUCUUGAUUCGAGACUGCACCAACAUGUAGAAAAGGGCAAGGAAGAUGGUUUGUACAUUAGCUCUGUAGCUUCAUACAAAAAUUUGUGGGCCAUUGUUAUGGAUGCAGGAACAGGGUUUUCUUCCCAGGUUUAUGAAUUAUCUCGCAGUUUUUUGCACAAGGAAUGGAUAAUGGAACAGUGGGAAAAGAAUUAUUACAUCACUUCGGUUGCUGGUGCAUGUAAUGGUAGUGCCUUGGUAGUUAUGUCUAAGGAGUCCACUUAUUCUAAAGAAGUAUCUUCCAGUAUGUUAGACUUAAACACUAAAUCAAGUAGAAUUAGUGGAACGCCUUUUACUCAACAGUCCUACAAAGUUAGUGAUGUAUUUCCUUUCAAAUGGAUCAAUAAGAAGUGGAGAGAAGGCUUCUCUGUAACUUCUAUGACUACAGCAGGUAGCAAAUGGGGCAUUGUCAUGUCCAGAAAUGCUGGUUAUUCUAGUCAGGUUGUUGAGCUUGAUUUCCUGUAUCCUAGUGAAGGAAUCCAUAGAAGAUGGGAAAAUGGAUAUAGAAUUACUUCAACUGCCUCGACAGAGGAUCAAUCUGCAUUUAUACUUAGUGCACCCAAGAGAAAAUCGCAAGACAUAAUGCAAGAAACUCUGCGGACAACUGCUUUUCCUUGUACCCAUGUCAAGGACAAAUGGUCAAAGAAUCUCUAUAUUGCAUCUAUCUGCUAUGGGAGAACAGUAUCUUGAAUUCAAUAAUUGGAAGGAGAAACUGCACCUGUAAAUCAAACACGGUUGUUGGAUUGCCUAAGACUAAAGGUUCUAUAGUAAGCAGAGAGAAAAGCUGUUGUCAUGUAGAGAUCACCUUUCUGGGGAUGUUUUGAGAGACUUGAAUCAGGCGCUGUAUGAAAAUCCAGGCUCGUGGAGUUUAUACUGUGCCGGAGCCAUCUCUUUAGGAUCAGUUCCAGAAGGCUUUGCUGACACCAUAUCAAUGACAUUGACCUCUUAUGCAUUUGAAGAGGUUCUGUAGUAUCUCAACAGCUUUGUGAGGCUUCAGAGAGUAACCAAAAUAUCUAACGCCACUACUACCAUUGCUGUAGUCGAUUGUGAAAAUGGAAUUGUUGCAAGCUUUUGUAUAAAAAAAUUGUUGAGGCAUUAACUAUUGGGCCUGCUGGUCCUCUAUAUGUGCAAACGGCUGUAUUUAUAGAGCCUCUACAAAACUAUGGAAUGGGCAAGUUUUCUUUGUUUC